AGUAGUAGUAGUAGUAGUAGUACUAAUUUUUUCAAAUGUUUUAAAGGCACAAUGUCACAAGAUUCUGAGGAGAUAAAGACGAUUGAGCAGUGGAAAUGGUCUGAAAUUCAAGGCCUUGAACUUCUUGUGUCAGCUCAUCCUCCUCCUCCCUCCUCAGACUCUGUUCAAACCCCUUCCUUUAAAGCCUACAACCACAACCAUAACCCAUUAAUAUUCCCCAAUUCCACCAAUUCUAAUGCCACUGGAAAUACUACUAAUAAUAUUACUAUAACUCCAACAACAGAAGCUCAACAAACCCAAGGAGAUUUUGUUCAGAGUACUGAGGUUUCUGCAGGUGGGCUAAAUCUGCCAAGACAGCAGGAAAUGGAUGGUUCUGAUGGGAAGAAGAAGAAAGAUGGUGGUGGUGAUGCAGAGAAGCCGGGUUCACCCCCACCAUCAACUCGAUUCUCUGAGCUUUUUAGAUUUGCGGAUGGAUUAGACUACUUUUUGAUGUCAAUUGGGACGCUGGGCGCCUUUGUCCAUGGCUGUUCCUUGCCUUUGUUCCUUAGAUUCUUCGCUGAUCUUGUUAAUUCUUUUGGCUCUAAUGCCAACAAUGUUGAUAAGAUGACUCAAGAAGUUGUAAAGUAUGCAUUUUACUUUCUCGUAGUAGGAGCUGCCAUAUGGGCAUCAUCAUGGGCAGAGAUAUCAUGUUGGAUGUGGACAGGAGAGAGACAAUCAACAAAAAUGCGAAUCAAGUACUUAGAAGCUGUUUUGAAUCAAGAUAUUCAGUUCUUCGAUACAGAAGUUCGGACAUCUGAUGUGGUUUAUGCCAUUAACACGGAUGCUGUGAUGGUACAAGACGCCAUCAGUGAGAAGUUGGGAAAUUUUAUACAUUACAUGGCCACAUUUGUGUCUGGUUUCGUGGUGGGUUUCACUGCAGUUUGGCAGUUGGCUCUGGUUACUCUGGCUGUGGUUCCUCUGAUUGCUGUGAUUGGAGGCAUUCACGCCGCCACAUUAUCCAAGCUCUCUGCCAAAAGCCAGGCAGCUCUUUCGGAAGCAGGCAACAUUGUAGAACAGACAAUAGCUCAAAUAAGGACAGUUUUGGCUUAUGUUGGUGAAUCAAGAGCUUUGCAAGCAUAUUCUGCUGCUCUGAGGAUUUCCCAGAAGUUGGGUUACAAGAAUGGGUUCUCUAAAGGAAUGGGACUUGGAGCUACUUAUUUCACUGUUUUCUGUUGUUAUGCACUUCUGCUUUGGUAUGGAGGCUACUUGGUCAGGCACCACUUCACUAACGGUGGACUUGCCAUUGCCACAAUGUUUGCUGUUAUGAUUGGUGGACUGGCUUUGGGACAAUCAGCUCCAAGCAUGGCUGCAUUUGCUAAAGCUAGAGUUGCUGCAGCCAAAAUUUUCCAUGUAAUUGAUCACAAGCCAAGUGUUGACAGAAAUGCCGAUUCUGGGUUGGAUUUAGGAUCUGUUAGUGGUCAAUUGGAGCUUCAAAAUGUUGAUUUCUCCUAUCCUGCAAGGCCUGAUGUUCAGAUUCUUAACAAUUUUUCACUAACUGUUCCGGCUGGAAAGACCAUAGCUCUGGUAGGAAGCAGUGGCUCCGGCAAAAGCACAGUGGUGUCCCUCAUUGAGAGAUUUUAUGACCCCAGCUCUGGACAAGUUCUGCUUGAUGGGUAUGACAUAAAGACAUUAAAGCUGAGAUGGUUGAGGCAGCAAAUUGGACUUGUGAGCCAAGAGCCUGCACUGUUUGCUACCACCAUCAAGGAAAACAUACUUUUGGGUAGACCUGAUGCUAGUCUCAUUGAAAUUGAAGAAGCUGCUAGAGUUGCCAAUGCUCAUUCAUUCAUUGUCAAGCUCCCUAAUGGUUAUGAUACUCAGGUAGGAGAGCGGGGAUUGCAACUCUCAGGUGGACAAAAGCAGAGAAUUGCAAUAGCAAGGGCAAUGCUUAAGAACCCAGCAAUUUUACUUUUAGAUGAAGCAACCAGCGCUUUGGAUUCGGAAUCUGAAAAACUGGUACAAGAGGCACUGGACAGGUUCAUGAUUGGCCGUACUACACUUGUCAUUGCUCACCGCCUUUCCACUAUCCGGAAGGCUGACCUUGUGGCUGUACUUCAGCAAGGUAGCGUUUCUGAAAUUGGAACCCAUGAUGAGCUCAUGGUGAAAGGUGAAAAUGGUGUCUAUGCCAAGCUCAUCAAAAUGCAAGAAGCAGCUCAUGAAGCAGCACUUAACAAUGCCAGAAAAAGUAGCGCAAGGCCUUCAAGCGCGAGAAACUCUGUCAGUUCACCGAUUAUAACUCGUAAUUCCUCCUAUGGACGAUCGCCAUACUCACGACGGCUAUCAGACUUCUCCACUUCUGACUUUAGCCUCUCCCUUGAUGCUGCAUACCCCAAUUACCGUCUUGAAAAGCUACCAUUCAAAGAGCAAGCGAGUUCCUUUUUACGUCUUGCUAAAAUGAAUUCUCCCGAAUGGCCUUAUGCUCUAGUUGGUUCAAUUGGCUCUGUAAUAUGCGGUUCUCUCAGUGCAUUCUUUGCAUAUGUCCUGAGUGCUGUGCUUAGCGUUUACUAUAAUCCAGACCAUGCUUUCAUGAUCAGACAAAUAGCAAAAUACUGCUAUCUUUUAAUUGGCCUGUCAUCUGCUGCACUUAUCUUCAACACACUGCAGCAUUUCUUCUGGGAUGUUGUAGGAGAGAACUUAACCAAACGUGUAAGGGAAAAGAUGCUAGCGGCUGUGCUAAAAAAUGAGAUGGCGUGGUUCGAUCAGGAGGAGAAUGAAAGUUCCAGAAUUGCUGCGCGCUUGGCUUUAGAUGCUAACAAUGUUAGGUCAGCCAUUGGAGACAGGAUUUCAGUAAUUAUGCAAAACUCAGCUCUAAUGCUGGUUGCUUGUACUGCUGGAUUUGUUUUGCAAUGGCGCCUGGCCCUGGUCCUCAUCGCAGUCUUUCCUGUAGUUGUAGCAGCAACAGUUUUGCAGAAAAUGUUCAUGACUGGAUUCUCUGGAGACCUAGAAGCAGCACACGCAAAAGGUACGCAACUCGCGGGAGAAGCUGUGGCUAAUUUGAGAACUGUAGCUGCCUUCAAUUCAGAGUUGAAGAUUGUGAGCCUCUUCACUGCCAACCUUGAUGUUCCUCUAAGACGCUGCUUUUGGAAGGGACAAAUUGCUGGAAGCGGAUACGGGAUCGCGCAGUUCUCACUUUACGCAUCCUAUGCCCUCGGUCUUUGGUAUGCCUCCUGGCUUGUGAAGCAUGGGAUCUCGGACUUCUCCAAGACAAUCCGUGUCUUCAUGGUCCUCAUGGUUUCCGCCAACGGUGCAGCUGAAACUCUAACCCUCGCCCCUGACUUCAUCAAAGGCGGUCGAGCAAUGCGUUCAGUUUUUGACCUCCUUGAUCGGAAGACAGAAAUCGAGCCUGAUGAUACUGAUGCGACACAAGUCCCUGACAGACUUCGUGGUGAAGUAGAAUUCAAACAUGUGGAUUUUUCAUAUCCAUCUAGGCCCGAUAUAUCAGUCUUCCGCGAUUUAAACCUCAAAGCUCGAGCUGGUAAAACACUCGCGCUGGUCGGGCCAAGUGGUUGUGGAAAGAGCUCUGUCAUUGCGCUAAUCGAGCGAUUCUAUGAACCGUCCUCAGGGCGGAUUAUGAUUGAUGGUAAAGAUAUACGCAAGUAUAAUCUCAAGUCAUUCAGACGGCGUGUUGCGUUGGUACCACAAGAACCCUGCCUCUUUGCCACCACCAUUUAUGAAAACAUUGCCUACGGGCACGAGUCUGCAACAGAAGCUGAGAUAACUGAAGCAGCAACCUUGGCAAAUGCGCACAAGUUCAUAUCCUCCUUGCCUGAUGGCUAUAAGACCUUUGUUGGAGAGAGAGGAAUCCAACUUUCCGGUGGACAAAAGCAACGAAUAGCCAUUGCUCGAGCAUUUUUAAGAAAAGCCGACAUUGUGUUGUUGGAUGAGGCCACCAGUGCUCUCGAUGCAGAAUCAGAAAAGUGUGUACAAGAAGCCCUAGAGCGCGUUUGUGCUGGGAAAACCACCAUUGUGGUUGCACACAGGCUAUCAACAAUCAGAAAUGCCCAUGUCAUUGCGGUCAUAGAUGAUGGGAAAGUAGCAGAGCAAGGUUCACAUUCACAUCUGUUGAAGAAUUACCCUGACGGAAUUUACGCACGAAUGAUUCAGCUGCAGAGAUUUUCACACGGGCAGGCCGUUAAUUUUGCAUCCGGCUCGAGUUCUUCUGCACCCACCAGGGAAGAUUAAGACUCAAAAUUACACUUACACUCUUACAGAGUCCGUAAAAAGAAGGAAACAGUAGAAACAAGUGACAAGAUACUAAUCACAAGGACAUGGUGAUUUUUUGUAUUUUGUGUCUAAUAUCUCUUUUGAUUCGAUAUAGCAUUGUAUCUAUGUAACAUCCAAGUUUAGCAGUUAUAUAGUGAUGAAGUAUUUCCCACUCGUUGAAAGAAUUCACCACUAACAUAUGUAAAGUGUCUUAACUUUUGACGUGCGAAUGAUGUAACAAGUAGCAGGGCAAAUGGUGGCUGCAAGAGGUAACUGUAAAACGUGGCGUAUAAGUUUCGAAGCCAUAUUUUGGGUUAAAAUAUACUGAAAU